UGGCUGGCCUAUUUAGAAUCAAAGAUGGCGGCCAAUGAUCAAGUGACUAUUUCAGCUAGCAGCGUCACUAGCGCUAAAGCAAGGCUGUAUUUAGCCAACAAGAAGAAGCAGCAAGAUGCUAGCUCCUAUCGCUGUCAAAAGUGUCUCAAAUACGGCCAUUUCACAUACGAAUGUGAAGGGAGCAGGAAGUACCUGUAUAGACCCUCAAGGACAAAGAUUCUAAAGAAAAGAAAAGAAGAACCUCCUGCUCCUCCUCCACCUAAAGUUUCUAAAAGCGAGUCAGCAAAAGAAAGCUUAAAGCAUACAAAAAAAAGAAGGAAGAGACACAGUACCAGUACUGAUGAUAGUUCAAACAGUGACAGCUCAUCUUCGGAUAGUGACUCUGACUCAACGAGCUCAAGAACUGAUUCCAGUGAUGAUGACGAUACUUCUUCAGAUUCCGAGUCGUCAAGUCAAACCUCUUCGUCUGAUUCAGAUUGAAUCCCACCUGCCCUUCCUUCCUUCGUCAUGUUAUUAAUAACAUUGAAUGUUGUACAUUAUUGUGUACUGUCACAAACUAAUGAAAAUUAUUAAAAAAAAAAAGGAAGCAUCUUUCCUUACAAAUUUUAA